UGUCUGAGAGCCGGCCCACAAAGCCGGGUCAUUUAAUAAUAUCACUUUUAGAUCCGGCUUAUUUCCAGAAAAUUUGGUUUCACCAAGCAGCCUUAAAGAAUCUGAAUCUUAAAGAGCCUGAUCUAAGGUACCAUGAAAAUACACGUUAUUAGGUUCACCUUGUGGACCCCCUUCUACCUUCAGAACAGCCUCAGGGUGUUUUCACAUUAGGUACGAUUGAUCCGUACCGUGCCCGAGUACGAUUCCCCUCCCACCACCCCAUCUCCGGUCAACUUUCACAUUAAUAAAGUUGUUCCGUACCCGAGUACACCUGCGUCAUCAUCCGCGUGUAUUUGUUUAUGUUGAGAUCAUCUGUUCUAGCGGCGGAGCAUCGUAAAACACUUCAUUCAAACUGGACAGAAACUAAAUAAAACUCACCACAAUCGUCGUCGUUAGUCUUUCCAACAAUCACCAACUCUGGUUUGGCCGAAAUAAACUCUUAUUUCACUUAACUUAUUUCAGUUUGAUGUGAAAAAAAUGCCGACUCUACAUGUUGUCUCACUACCCCCAAAAAAAACAGUUAUUCAUUUCCAUUUUUAUAAAUCCACAGAGAGCCACUGGAGAGGAGCUAAAGAGCCGCAUGUGGCUCCGGAGCCGCAGGUUGCAGACCCCUGUUCAAUUGUAGCUUAAGUUUCCUGUUAGCUGACGGGAGUGGUACCCGGUGGGGUCUUCUGCUGCUGUAGCCAGUCAGCUUUAAGGUUCAACGUGUUGUGCGUUCGGAGAUGCUCUUCUACACACCUCAGUUGUAACGAGAGGAACAUUUGAGAUACUGUUGCCUUUCUACCAGUUCAAACCAGCCUGGCCAUUCUCCUCUGACCUCUGCCAUGUUUGACAUAUUAUGGUCUUAUAAAGUUUGAUGGCUAACAUGUUAGCAAACACUUAUUUACAGAUCCAGCAGCAGCAUUAGCAUUCGUCAUGUUUCAGGUGAAUACUGUAUAUGUCCAAUAUUCACUCUCCUUUUAGCUCUGUUUUGGUCUCCACCAACUCCUGAGGAGAAUUAUUCUAUCUUUAGCUUUUUAAAUGUUCCACAUAAUAUGUUCACCAGCUAGUCUCUAACUUUUAAAAUGAACACAAGAUGGAGAAAUAUACACAGAACCUUUAAAAGCACAUUCUGUUUGACAUAUUGUGCAACAUGUUCAUAUCCUCCUUUUGGGGAAAUACUGUACAGAGUGAAGACCUGCUGUGGAACGACUACGAAGAGAAACUAAGUGACCAGAUUGUCCGCACCAUGGAGAACUACACGAGCCAGUUCCCCGAGGUCAAGGAACGAGUCGCUAAACGCGGUCGCAAGCUGGUGGACUACGAUUCAGCCCGUCACCACCUGGAAGCGCUCCAGAGCGCCAAGAAGAAGGAUGAAGCCAAAAUAGCAAAGGCAGAAGAAGAGUUCAACAAAACCCAGAACGUCUUUGAAGAGAUAAAUAACGAGCUGAGGGAGGAGCUGCCUGUUCUCUAUCAGAGCCGGAUAGGUUGCUAUGUGACUGUGUUCCAAAACAUAUCAAACUUGAGAGAUGUCUUCUAUAAGGAAAUGAGCGUGCUGAACCACGAGCUGUACAAUGUGAUGAAGAAACUGGAGACUCAACACUCAGGAAAAGCUUUCAUCAUCAAGGGUCUGAACAGCAUGACCAGCAAGUCAAAGAAGAGGAAGUCCCUGGUCAUCUCCAACCCCAUCCCCUGCAACACAGCUUUCCCAGACGACCACGUCUCCCUCCAUACUUCCACCGGGAACGGAAAAGACGCCGUGCCCUCGUCCCCCGCCCAACAAACUCAAAGCACCUCUGAAGAAAGCAGCAUGCCGGAGGAAAGCAGCAUCUCAUCCAAAGACGUCAACUCAUCGGACUCCGAAUUCAGCUCCAGCGGCGCCAACACGCCUCAGAGGCAGUCGGUGUGUGGCGAUGAGAACGGCGACGACCGGAUCGCAGCGAGUCAGAGUCCAGAGGAGGUGGAGGCGGAAGCAGAACUCGCUACGAACCAGUCCGAUGACUCCGGGGUGGGCGUACCAAAGUCUGAGGCUGCCAGUCAGGAAGUGUCCAAUCCCUCUGAUUCUGCAGAUAGCGUCCCAGAGAGUCCAGAGGAGGAGAACGUGAGUGAUCCACCAUCAGAGGAGGCGAAGCCCAAACCUCCACCGGUCCCCGCCCCUCGCGUAUCCUUCCGCUGCACAGAUAGACCCCACCUCAUUCCCGCUGCGGAGCAGGAGGAGACAGAGGAAGCAUCCGACAACCAGGAGACGGCAGAGGAAGCAUCCGACAACCAGGAGAAAGCUUCAGAUUCAGGAGAUGACUCCACUUCCCACAAUCCACCAGGCUUCCUAUACAAGGGGGUGGCGUUGGAGAGCCACGCGGCGUCUGAAGACGGCCUGCUGCUCCAGUUUGAACAGGGAGACGUCAUCCUGGUGCUUUCUGAUCCUCAAGAGCAGGACGGUCUGGUGAGGGGGGUCAGGGAGGAGAGCUGGAACCAGCACCGGGAUCUACAAAAUCACUCUGGGAUCUUCUCGGAAAAACUCCUCCAGCCUGUUCAGGCAGAGUGAGGCAAUAGUCAGUCCUCAGUCUGCAAUACUUUCUUCUUCUUCUUCUUCCGUCGACCAGUUGGUGACUCACACACACUCACACAUUCACACCCACCCACACCCACACACCCACACAGGGAGUGAACCCAUAUGUUGUUGUGGGUGCAGAUGUCGUACAAAACAGAUGAGCACGAGUCCCACGUGGUGCCUCGCGUGCUGCGAUGUCGCAACAAAAGAUUUAGAACAUUUUGUGAGAGAUGUUUGGAUGACUAAAUGUUACAGUAUUUUUCUCUUAUUGUGUUUUUUAAAAGUCUUUCUGUGAAACACUGUGAAACAAAGAAAAUGUUUUUUUAUACCGAUGCUGUGAUCUUGUGUACAAUUUCCUAAUAAAGUUCUAAAUAAAAAAAAAAA